AGUGCUGGAGCUGGAGGCCGGCACUCGCAUUCUCCUCACUGAGUGCGCUGGAGACUGACACUCACUAUCACACACUCUCUCCUGCAGACAAGAAAGCACAGGGGCUUAUACACAGUCAGACAGGUAGAUACACAGACAGACGGGUUAUUAGAAAUUUGGGAAAUUAACCAAUAUGUCUCAAUGGAGCAGUUCUUCUUGUUGGGCCAUUUACCUCAGAUUUUCCUAAGAUACUGAGCACCUAAAGCAGAGGAAAUAUCUUCAACAAGACAUGAGGAGCAUCUAAGUCGGUCUUCUUCAGCAAGGAGUUUUCCUCCCUUCCAUCACUGAAGGCUGCUGGAACACACAGUUGUGGACUUUCCAAGAUGAGCCUGAAAAAGCGAAAACCCGGUGUGGCCUUCAGCUGGCAUAAGUCAUUUGCCAUCCUUGCCCCAUGGAGAAAAGGUAAAGGAGAUAUGGCUUUGGAAAAUGAAGUUGUGCUGACCAAGAUGAAGCUCUUCAACAACUUUCAGGAGAAGCUUUCGAACGCUGAGGACUCUGUGUCCACUAUGUCCAUGUCUGUGUCGGAGCAGGACGUUUCUGCACCUCUUCAUGCUGCGGAGGUCAUCUCAGUCCACAGUGCGCCACCAAAUAUGGAAGAGUCCAAGUCCAAUAAGGACUAUUUAUCUGCAAUUUUCUCUGAUUCCAAGCUGCCAAGUUUGUACAAAUUCGAAUCAGAGGACUCUGGGGUGGAGAUGCCCAGUGGUGCGAACUCUCCGUCCACUCCAACAGGUUCAGAGCACAGCUUCAUUGUUCAUAGUAGAGAGUCCUCUUGUGACUCCGGCACUUUGAACCCACCCAUCCCAUCCAGCUCGCCUAUUCUCUUACUAGAACAGAGUCUAGAAAAUGAACAGACCUCUUCCACAUUCACCCAAGAAGAUCUGACAGAACUGACUGCAUUAGAAUGUAGAUCAGAGGACCAGACAGACAAUGUUCUAAUGGAAGCCACAGGAGAUUCAGAACGAUCCGGAGACAGAACCUCGGGGGACGUCUCUGAGCUCCACGAGGAUGCUUUGGUAUGUGCAGACACAGUGAAGGAGACAGCAGAGAGUGAAGCUGAGGAGGAUACAGGGUCACAGAGUCAUUCCAUCGAAGCUUAUGACGGCAACGCAGGGGCGGAAUCCCAACACCGGCCGCUACGGAAAAGUACAACGAGUGACAGUCUGGACGAGUACAUGGAGGAGUGCUGCAGGCUCAGUGAGGUGAAUCAGGCUCAGUCUAAUCCACUGGGCUCAGGACUGGGUUAUCUGGAACACAUCUGCCAGCUUAUAGAGAAGAUCGGCCAGCUACAGGAGCACAACCUCAAACUGCAGAAACAGAUAUGCAGCCUGCAAAAGGACAGCAAGAUGAUGAAGACUAAAGAGGACUUCUUCGUACAGCACUGUCACUGUGGAGCAGCUGGUCUGGCCUUUCAGGAGCUGAAGAGGUAUUCUCGCAGUGAUUACCACAGCCUAGCAGCAUCCAACGGCACGCUGUCUGACCUCAGCACCAUCCCAGAGGGCACACGCAUCCCCCACCGGUCAGGUGGCAGAGAUGGUGAGGGGAGCUGCCAGUCAGUUGUGCCCAUGUGGAGAAGAGGCUUGAAUAGGAGGAGCUACACCGAGGGAGAGACAAGAUACUUGAGUGGCAGCGCUGAGGUCCUCCCUGCCUCUCACAGACGAGUGGAGAGCUACACGUGGGGCAGGGUGAAGGAUCUGAUGAAGAAGACAAGGUUUAGAAACCAAAGCAGACUGGGACUGUCCUCCGGCUCCCUCAAGAGAUCAUGUCCUCAGCUAUACAGGCCUGAACUGGGUCAGAUGGAAUUUUCCAGAAGAGACAGGAACUCCAUGAUUGUCCUGGGCCAUCAGAAACUGGACUAUCACUGGUUUCAUUAGCAUAAAUCAGUUGGACGCUGAACAGAUGGCGUAUGAUGGGGCAACAUUUCCCUGAAGAGGAGGACGCGCUGAAGUUGUACAGAUCCAGGCACAGAAAGACAGUGAGCAGAGGGAGGAUAAGAAGAAGUGGAUGAGAAAGUGAACUGUGAUUGAUGGGAAAAGGGUUAAGAUGCAAAACGGAGGUGACCUUCAAACCUUCAGACCUUGACAUGCACCCAUAUGUACAGUAUGUUUAAAUGAGUGUACUAUGGACAUAUUCAUGUGUCUGCUACAGCAUAUUUGUCAUUCAACACAUGUUAGUGGCCACAUAUGAAUGACAUAUACUUAGAAAUGAAUUUGGGUGUGGCUGUAAAGUCUAUAUAGAAGUAUAUAGAAAUAUAAGAACAUAAGAAUAUAAGAAAUAUCCGCGUAUUACCAUCUGCUCCUAUGUAGAACAUUUUAUUGGGGCAUUUCACUUUUACUUUUUUUAUCUGAACAUUUCUGUGAAAUAUCUUUCAGAAGCAGCAAUAAUAUCAAAAAAUAAAAGUACUAUAUACUGUAUUAAUAACUGUAAAUCUGUUAUAUUAUGGAAAAAAUGGCCUUGAAAUGCUAAUCUGGGCUAGUGUGUGUACAGGACAGGACAGCAGACUUAGAUGCACAGUCUGUAAAACAUCUGUACCUUCUGUGAAUUCCUAUGUCUGUAAGCAUAUAUUAUAAUAAUGGAAGCAGCAGAUGACCUGUCCGGCUGACUGUCAGCUGUUAUGUAAUAUUUGUGAUUUUUUUUCUCCUUAAAUGUGUAGGAAUGUCCAGUACGUAGACCGAUAAUCCUUUACCAUUACUCUAAACGGGAUUUCUCUAUGCCUGCCAAGAAUCUGUCUAGAGACAUAACCACUUCUUUAUGUAAAUGCAUUAAACGACCUCAUAGAGCACAGCAGGACAGUGUGUGUGGUAACAUGACCAAGACAAGCAGGCUGAGAGGCUUUAGCUUGUCUGGCAGCAGCAAUAUCCUGGUCGUUUUUUUAUGGUUAAAAGGAAUAUUUUUUACCAUAAUUAAUAUAAAUGAAAUUGAUAUUCGGUGAUAUCAGACAUUUUACCCCUUACAGAGCAUGAUGUAGUUAUGAUAAUUCAGAAUUUACAAAAAAAAAAAUAAAAAAAAUUGGCCUCAGUUUUGGUCAUUUGUUUUUUUUACUUAUGAAGCUUUUUUUUUUUUUUAUAUUGUCACUAAUGAGUCAAGCUGACCAAUACAACAAAUAUUAUGUUUAGCAUAUUUAAUAUAAAUAUAAUUGAUAUUUACUGAUAUCAAAACAUUCACCUCCUAAAGACGAUGUAUUAUGAUAAUUCACAAUUUAAUUAUUAUUGUUUCCACAGGGUUUAACUGACCAAGACAAGCAGGUUAAAACAUGCUAGCUUUCCUGGCAUCAGCAACAUCCUUGUAGUUUUUGAGAGCAGCCAUAUCCAGGCAGAUAACUGUACUCUGCGCUGUACCACUGUGUUUGAGGGCAAAUGAGUUAGCAUACUGUCCAAAUUAGAGCUGCUAAUGAAAGGUUCAUGGCCAUUUGUGGCCUAACAAAUCCAAUGUAGGGUCAACAAGCUGAACAAUCAUUAAGUAGUGAAGGCUAAGAAAGACAUAUUCACUUCCAGACCAGGAAUUUCAUGUGUUUUUAGAUGUUUUUGUAUCUUGCACUCCUUGUGGGCCACACACCCAAAAUGGUGCUGUAUGAAAAUAAGGGUGCACAAAGCAUGGUACUAAACUGAUACAUCCUAUUAGGGCUACUUCUGUUUGCUGCUAUUAUAAAGGACUGUUCAUUAAUUACUGAUAGAAAGCCCUUAUAGAUAACUUAACCUCUAAUUAAUCCAUAUAUUCUUUUAUAAUAGUCUGUAUGUAUCUGUCUGGCCUCCUUUAAGCCUCCUGCACACUCUAAAUACAGCCUUUAAAUGUGUUAGAGGCCUAAUCUGAUUGGCUGAGAAGAUCAAAUCACAGCUAAUCAAUUAACACAAAACCUAUCGCCUUAUUAAGCCUCCUUUUUCACAGGCCUCAGAUUAAACCUCACCGAUUAGUGCUGUUUGGACACAUCUACGUGCCCUUGUGACCAUGAAGCGAUUGCGUAGGUUGUUGUGACUGGCUGCUGAACAGACGGCACAAGGUUGUUUACUGAGUGUUGUGUUGUGUAUAAUGUAUCAUACUCCUGUAAUACUGUCAUACUGUGCUUAUAAUGUUUAUAUGCUAAAUCUGUGAGAUGAAUUACGUGGGCAAAAAAUGUGACAGUUUUGAUGUAUGAAGAUUUUUUUUGUUUGUCAGGCUACGGACAAAAGACGAGAAAGCUGUCUUUAUACUGUGUAUUGUAUUAUACGAAUAUUUCUAUAUGCAUAUUGCAUUCCUAUUCAAAGUUAUUUUUAAUAAAUAAAGUUGUGAUAUUGCAAAACAA